UCAUAAUCCAAUAUCAAUCACGUAAAGCUCACUGUUUAUCAGCAUUACCCAAUUUUCGUGGGCCGACGAUAACCAAACCUGAUAAGCAAACCUACAACGGGUAACAAAAUAAAUUGCCAAUCAACCGUUUAGUUCCCGCUAAACUGCCGUCGUGGUAGGUUGCGAUCCAAAAAAAAAAAGUGCGCGCAAAAUGAGACCGGCCGUAGCCGUGACCGUUGCGGUGACAGUUACGUUACUCGCAGCUACUGGAUACGCAAAUGAGGCAAACUUUCUUUUCAUGGAUACCAAACUGCCCGCGCAAGCCGUUCGGCCAACGUUGGCUAAUGGAAACCUGGGAUUCGUCGUCUAUGGCGAUGCAGUUCACAUGAACGGUGUCUAUAAUGGCCUCAAAGGAUUGAGUCACCGAGCCCGGAUUCCGAACUUUGCCAACAUCCAGCUACCGGUGUGCGCGGACGGUAAUCCCAACCCAACGGGAUGCACCUAUCAACUGGACAUGAAGACCGGAAUGUUUCGGACGGUUUACGAAGACCCGCAGGGAUAUUUUCGAGUUGUUCACGACGUCUAUCCUCAUCGCUAUCUGGACAAGAUGAUUGUCAACAAGUUCCGCAUUCAGCGGUUGAAUGCUCCAUCCGUGAUACAAGUGCCGAUUCAGCGGUAUACCUCUGGAGUCAGCACAGAUGUCGUGUUCAAUGCGGACACUUCAGUGUACAUCGAUGGUGUUCAGUACUCUAUCAAGUGCGGUACAACUACUGAGGUAGAGGACUUGCGCUAUCAAACGUUUGGACAUAGUGUUUGCAUUGCUCAUCCGGAACUACCGACAGAACUGAGCCUUGCUAUGGAUAAGACAGCGGAAGAAUUCUUCUUCUACACUGCUUUCGGCAGAACAGCAAGUGAAGUACAGAAUGAAAUUCGUGGGAAGUCUUUUGAACUGUCGCACACUACAAUGAUGAACCAAAUUUGGUCGAUUUACGGUAUCACCGUUGAGGGUAACAAUGAUCUGGACAAAGUGCUGAAAGCAAGUGCCUUCUACCUUUCAAGUUCGCUACCAAUUUCCCGUCCACACCAACCCAGUAGCUACCCGUUCUAUGGUCUUUCACCGUCCGGUUUGGGCCGCGGUGGAAUCGAGCUAUCCGAAUACCAGGGGCACAGCUUCUGGGACACGGAGACGUGGAUGUUCCCACCAAUCCUGCUGAUUGACCCAGACAAUGCUCGCCGAAUCCUUCACUACAGAACCGUAGUCCAGAAGGCCGCUGCUGACAGAGCCACCGCCAACGAAUUCGAAGGUUGGCAGUUCCCAUGGGAGUCCGCUUUCACCGGAACCGAAACAACUCCCGAGUGUUGUCCCGAGGUUGUUGAGUAUCAACAUCACAUUACAGCGGACAUUGCGUACGCGGCAAGAAUGUACUUUUAUGCAACGCACGACGUCGACUGGAUGAGAACCGAAGGUUGCAAGCUGGCCUACGAGACGGCAAAGUUCUGGAAGAGUCGAGCCGAGUACAACAACAAAACGGAUCUGUACGAGAUCCAUCGGGUCAUGGGACCAGAUGAAGAUACUCACAAUGUGACGAAUAACGCCUUCACCAACGUGGUUGCAGCUCAUAAUCUACUGUUUGGAGAAUUUGCCGGUUGCUUGUGUUCGGGAGCUGUCGGAGCCAACGAAGCAGAACGUCGCAUUAUGACAGAAAUCGGUAGAGGAAUGACCCUACCGUACGACGAAGAACAAGACUACAUCCCACAGUAUGAGGGAUACGUACAGGGAACGGCAAUCAAGCAAGCUGACACGGUCCUACUUGGGUAUCCUCUGGAGUACCCGAUGAACGGAUCUACCAAAGCCAACAACCUGGAAAUCUACAGCAAGGUAACUCGCACGAACGGACCCGCCAUGACGUGGGCAAUGCACACGAUCGGCCAUCUGGACCUGGGUCAGAUCGAGGAAGCCCAGGCGAUGUUUACCAAAAGCUACCAGCAGUACCUGCGGGCUCCGUACAACGUUUGGAGUGAGAACGGAGACGGAACGGACGGCGCAGGAAACUUUAUCACCGGUGCCGGAGGAUUCCUGCAGUCCGUUAUUAACGGGUACGCUGGAGUUCGGCUAAGAAAUGGUGAACUGGUCAUCAGCAAGCCACGUCUGCUUCCGGGCACCACCCGGUUGUACAUUCCUGCGAUCAACUACAUGGGAGCUACGUUUUUCCUGGAUAUUCAGAUGACUAGAAUGCUGAUUGGAGUGAAAACGCCUUCCAAAGUAGUUAUGAUUUUGGAUGACGCUGAAAAGCUAGUUUGUGAAUCUUGCUUCUAUUCCUUUACUGAAAAAGUUGUAAUUCGACCUGCUGAGGCACCUGAGCUGAAUGGGUGCAAACUCCAGGAAACCAUAAUUGGAGUGAAGAUUGCUGAUCAAGACACGGGGGGAUCUGCCCAACGUUUCUACAGUCCUGUGGCAUUUAUUAGCUCAAUUAUGUUGGCAUUGGUGGCGAAAUAUAUCCAGUAGUUUGCAAAUAAAACAAUACAUUUUUGUUCAAAGUUUAGCUAUUGCAAGAGACAUUUAACUGAUAAUUAUGAAAAGUAAUCAAUUAUUGGAAAGAAAAUGCAAUAAAUAUCAAAAUAAUAA